AGCAAGAAACAGCGAAAAAGAUCCCAAGCGAUGUCAUGGUGGUGGUGGUGGGAAAUCGGGGCAGCGAUGCUCGGCACUGUCAGCAUGCUUCUCAUUAUCGCCGUGCUCUUCAAGGUCCAAAACAAGCCUCUUCAAGACUGGACACUGCCGAUUCAACCCAACUCCCUGAUAGCCGUCUUUACUACCAUCGGAAGGACCGCAAUAAUGGUACCCAUCGCUUCUUGUAUCGCCCAGCUCAAGUGGCAACAUUUCGAUCAUCGCGCUCGCCAAUUGAAUCAUCUUCGGCUGUUCGACGAUGCCUCGCGAGGACCAUGGGGUGCGGUAACUAUGGUAUAUGGUGUACGAUGUCAAGCUCUGUUGGCAUCGACCCUUGCGCUUGUCACCGUAUUAGGCCUGGGGAUUGAGCCUAGUGCACAACAGAUCCUGAAUUUUUCUCACAGGGUCACCUUGUUGAAGAAUGCUUCAGCCGAGAUCGGGAUAGCCGAUAGCUAUUUUUCCGAAGCUUAUAAGGUUAAUGACACCGUUGAAGAUGUGUGGGCUAUGCAAAAUCAUAUCCUUGGCGGAAUAACCGGGAAUGUCUUUUAGCUAAGGAUGGAAUGCGCCUCCCUAGCCACCCAAUGCUCUUGGGAAGAUUUCACAACGCUUGGGUUGUGCAGCGAUUUCAGAAACGUCACUAACAUUACCACACACAAUUGUAAAUAUCAAGAUCAUUCAGAUACUACUCCGUAUUUUUGCACUUUCGAUUUCCCGGGACUCAAUAUCGGCCAGAAUACCACCAUGGGGUGGGGAGACCCCGGCGAAGCGUUCAGUGGUCAAUCAUUUCUAUCAACGACAGCAUCAGCAUAUCUAUCCGCAGCCUGAACCCCAAACGGAGUGGAUCGGCUCAAUGGCUGUGAUCAAUAUCUCCACGGUCAUCGGGGGACCACCACAGCCAUUACAAUCAGCUGACGAGCGGG